GCUAUGGAGCGCCGACUCUAAGAUGAAUCCCGACCUGGACGCCGGCCACAACACAUCCGCACCUGCCCACUGGGGAGAGUUGAAGAAUGCCAACUUCACUGGCCCCAACCAGACCGCGAGCAACUCCACACUGCCCCAGCUGGACAUCACCAGGGCCAUCUCCGUGGGCCUGGUGCUGGGCGCCUUCAUCCUCUUCGCCAUCGUGGGCAACAUCGUCGUCAUCCUGUCGGUGGCCUGCAACCGUCACCUGCGGACGCCCACCAACUACUUCAUCGUCAACCUGGCCAUCGCCGACCUGCUGCUGAGCUUCACCGUGCUGCCCUUCUCGGCGGCCCUGGAGGUGCUCGGCUACUGGGUGCUGGGACGGAUCUUCUGUGACAUCUGGGCCGCCGUGGACGUCCUGUGCUGCACGGCCUCCAUCCUGAGCCUGUGCGCCAUCUCCAUCGACCGCUACAUCGGGGUGCGCUACUCGCUGCAGUACCCCACGCUGGUCACCCGCAGGAAGGCCAUCCUGGCGCUCCUCGGCGUCUGGGUCUUGUCUACGGUCAUCUCCAUCGGGCCUCUCCUUGGGUGGAAGGAGCCCGCGCCCAACGAUGACAAGGAAUGCGGGGUCACCGAGGAACCCUUCUACGCCCUCUUCUCUUCCCUGGGCUCCUUCUACAUCCCGCUGGCGGUCAUUCUGGUCAUGUACUGUCGCGUGUACAUCGUCGCCAAGAGGACCACCAAGAACCUGGAAGCCGGAGUCAUGAAAGAGAUGUCUAACUCCAAGGAGCUGACUCUGAGGAUCCACUCCAAGAACUUCCACGAGGACACCCUCAGCAGUACCAAGGCCAAGGGCCACAACCCCAGGAGUUCCAUAGCCGUCAAACUUUUUAAGUUCUCCAGGGAGAAGAAAGCAGCCAAGACCUUGGGCAUUGUGGUCGGUAUGUUCAUCUUGUGCUGGCUACCCUUCUUCAUUGCUCUACCGCUUGGCUCCCUGUUCUCCACCCUGAAGCCCCCCGACGCCGUGUUCAAGGUGGUGUUCUGGCUGGGCUACUUCAACAGCUGCCUCAACCCCAUCAUCUACCCGUGCUCCAGCAAGGAGUUCAAGCGCGCCUUCGUGCGCAUCCUCGGCUGCCAGUGUCGCGGCCGCCGCCGCCGCCGCCGCCGCCGUCGCCUGGGCGGCUGCGCCUACACCUACCGGCCGUGGACGCGCGGCGGCUCGCUGGAGCGCUCGCAGUCGCGCAAGGACUCGCUGGACGACAGCGGCAGCUGCCUGAGCGGCAGCCAGCGGACCCUCCCGUCGGCCUCGCCGAGCCCCGGCUACCUGGGCCGCGCCGCGCCGCCGCCCGUCGAGCUGUGCGCCGUCCCCGAGUGGAAGGCGCCGGGCGCGCUGCUGAGCCUGCCCGCGCCCCAGCCCCCCGGCCGCCGCGGCCGCCGGGACUCGGGCCCGCUCUUCACCUUCAGGCUCCUGGCGGAGCGCGGGAGCCCCGCGGCCGGAGACGGCGCCUGCCGGCCCGAGCCCGACGCGGCCAACGGGCAGCCCGGCUUCAAGACCAACAUGCCCCUGGCGCCCGGGCAGUUUUAGGGGGGCCUGCGGGGGGGAGGGGGGCGAAACCACCGUGGGGGGAGGGCGGGCGAGGGGGGAGGGCGGCGGCGCCCGGGGGAGGCGGGGGGGCGGGGGGCAGCUGCUUUGCUGGCAGGGGCAUGGGUGCCAGGUACAGCGGAGGGCUGGGCGAGCAUGCCGAGAGCCUGGGGCCCCGACGCCGGCCGGGAUGUCCGUCUGUCUCUCUGUACAUAUCCAAACGAGUCCCUGUGUGCACGUAUUUAACCGUGGGUACACGUGCGUGUGUCUGUGCGGUGUCCGUGUGGUCUGCGUGCGCGCGUGGGUGCGGCCACCGGGGGGGGGGGCAGCGGGGGCGCCGUCGGCCCGGGACCUCGCGCCCCUCCAGCCGCUGCCCCGGCCCUCCCCGAGUGGCGGAUGGCCCUGGGCCCGGGUCGGAAACAAAUCGGACAUUAAAGGUCGUUG